AUGGCCACCCUUUCGCUGGACGAAGAAGUUCGACUAUUUACGAACAAUGCUGAACGAGAGAAGUACAAUCUCCUUGGUACCUUGUACGGGAUCAUUGUCGCACUCGACUACCUCGAGCGCGCCUAUGUUCGUGAUGCAAUUACCGCAGCACAAUACUCUCCUGCAUGCACGCGACUUCUCUCGCAGUACAUGACCAUGCUCAAGCUUGUCAAGGAUUCCGUUCCUUCCAUCGAGCAGUUCAUGACACGGUAUCGGAUGGAUAACCCUGCGGCGUUACAUCGCAUACGAGUCGGCGUACCUGCGACUGUUGAACAUUCUAGCGAGGCGGGACCUGAGACUGGAAAGUGGAUCGCUGAGACGACGCAGAAUUUUAUCACAUUCAUGGAUGCGUUGAAGCUUAGGCUACGCGCUAAGGAUCAACUCCACCCGAUCUUGCAAGAACUUGUCACAGGGUAUGCUAGGUUUAAGGGAAGCAAGGAUUGGGAGGGACGGAGCAAAAUGGUCAGCUGGCUCAUUACCUUGAACAGCAUGAAGGCAUCCGAAGAGAUAACAGAUGAACAGUCCCGGCAGCUUUCAUUUGAUGUCGAACAUGCAUAUGCCGAAUUUUUCAGAAGUCUGAGCGGCGGUAAGGAGAGGUCGUAA